AUGAACAACAACGACCCUGCGGCCGAGCCGUCGAAGAUCGAGGGCUACCUCAUCGUGAAACUGCACAUGCGCCGGCGCCGCUACUGCGUGCUCUUGGGCCGGACGCUGGGGGUCUUUGCAAGCAAGGAAGAGGCCAAGGGUCGCGCGGGGCCACGCACGUCGUACUCGGUCGUCGGGGUCAAAGACAUGGACGAGCUGGAGAAAGGCACAAAGGAGUCGCUCGUGGGCUCGACGACGUACCAGAACGCGCUCAUCGUCUCGACGAUCAAGUCCAAGGUCCUCGUUAUUGAGGCAGAGACCAAGACAGAGAAGCAGCGUUGGCACCAUGCGAUGACAGCACUCAAUUUUUGCUCAGACGACAUCGAGAAGGAGCUCAUCGCCGACAGCUUGCGACAGCCUGACUUUGACGGCCACGUCGCCGUUGCGCUUUUGCACAAGUACCGGGACCAUGCCGUGGCAACAGAUCUCAUUGUGGACCAGCUCGCACAGUAUGCGACGCGGUCGAUCGACGACGUGGAAUUUUACCUCCAGCAAGUCGUACACUUGCUAGUCCACGCAGACACACCUCGCAAUGCGGACAAGCUUGUUCCUCUGCUUCUCUCCAUCUGCAAGGGCAAAUCAUAUCUCGCGCACCUGGGCAACUCGAUCCACCUGGCGCUCCAGCUUUUUUGGCUCCUCGAGAGUCUCAUCCACGACUGCCGCGAGUCACCGUCCUACAAUCUUGUGGCCAUGCUCCUCUUGUCGAUCGAGGCCAAGGUCGUGAACCAGCACCUCGAGCUCUCGCAGGUCGUGCAUGAUGUCCCGGGCUUGCGUGAUGCGAUUCGAAACGAAGACAACGACAAUGCGACGGAUCCAACAAUGCCUCUUACGGACGCCGAGAAGAGUGCUCUCCUCGAAUGGGUCGAGACCGAGCGCCUCAAGCGCUACAAGUAUUUUCAUCAAGAACGUGACUUUGUGCGCGCGCUCACCGACAUUUCGGAGAAAAUGCGCCACUUGGAGCCGCGCGAGCUUCGAAAGCCUGCUCUUCCCGGCCUCCUUCGAGAGCUUGAAAUCCCAGAGAUGGCGUAUAUCCCGCUGGGCCGUGCGUCAGAUCCAUUUGCGCGUGUGUUGCGCGUUCUCCCCGACGAGGGCACAGUCUUCUCGACACACUCGCGUGCGCCGUGCCUCAUUUGUUUCGAGGUGCUCCAAGACGCCCAAAACAAAGAAGAGCCAAUGCUUCUCGACGACAGCCCCUUGUCUCCGACGCAUACGCCGUCGCUCACGACGGCAUCAUCGUCGUGUCUGAUGGACGACGGUGCCGAAAUUGCACGCCUCGUUCAUGCGCAACUCGGCGCGAUCUUCAGCGCCGUCGAGUUGGACGACGACGAGGUUUCGACCUGGAAGGACAUUGUGGACGAGAACCUUCACUCGAGCAUCUUGCGUCGCAGCUCCAAGACCGCGUACGAAAUGGGACUGUCCAAGCUCAUGCUCCUUGAUCCAUGUGUGUUCGGUGAGAGCUGGAGCGAUAAGAAGAAGCGCAUCCAGGCGGCGUCACCGGACGGCCAUCGUCCCGGCUGGAACCUCGUCUCGGUCAUAUCAAAGUCGAACGACGACAUGCGCCAAGAAGUAUUUGCGCUGCAGCUGAUCGCCAAGUUUCGAGAUAUUUUUGCCGGCGCCAACCUCCCCCUCUGGUUGCGCUCGUACCGCAUCGUCUCCACGGGCAACUCCACAGGGCUCAUCGAGACAAUCAACGAUGCCCAGUCGCUUGAUGCACUCAAGAAGCAGAAAAACUACAAGAGCCUGCGUGUGCACUUUGAGCGCACGUACGGUGACCCGUUAUCCAUUGGCUUUCGCACGGCGCAGCGCAACUUUGUGCAGAGCCUCGCGGCGUACUCUCUCGUGUGCUUCAUCCUCCAGAUCAAGGACCGGCACAACGGCAACAUCUUGCUCGACACGCAAGGUCGACUCAUCCACAUCGACUUUGGCUUCCUCCUCGGGAUCGCGCCAGGCGGCAACUGGAGCCUCGAGAGCCAAGCGCCAUUCAAGCUCACGAAGGAGAUGGUCGAGGUCCUCGGCGGCGUCCAGUCACCUAUGUUUGCCAAGUUUGCGCAGCUCUUUGCCGCGGGCUUUGUCGCGCUCCAGCGCAACGCCGAGAAGAUACUGACGCUAGUCGAAAUCAUGAUGCACAAGUCGACGUUUCCCUGCUUCACCAACCGCGACGUGCUCAAGGACCUCCAGCGGCUUCGUGAGCGCUUUGCCGAGCCGCUACCCCUCGAUGCAACCGUCAAGCAUGCGCUGAAGCUCGUCAAGCUCAGCUACAAGAACAAGUGGACGAAGCGCUACGACAAGUUCCAGAAACUCACGAACGGCAUCGUGCCUUAA